AUAGUAUUAAUAGUGUUAGUUCAUUUAAUGUGUUAUUUCUUAAUAACAUCCUUAAAUUUAAAAUGCAAUGAUAGGUAUCAUUUACACGUCUGAGCGUGGAAUCUAAGAUCUAAUUUUAGAAUUCCUUACAGCUCAUUCGUCUUGUUAUGUAUCUACAAUAAACGUGCAACUGGUAAUUUGAUGAUAAUUACAUAAUUUAUCAAUAUUUUAUAAAAUCAUGUCUUUUACCAAAGGGUACAUCAACUUCAGCGAAUUUUUCAAAGUUGCUUAUAGUGCUGCAAUUGUAGAACCAUAUGCAAAUCAUUUCAAGGAAUUGUCUGAAAAGGGAGAUAGGGAGGGAAUGAUAAAGAUUCUUAUAGACAUACCCUAUAUUGAAAACGUAAAAAUAGUUGAGUCAUAUAGGGGUAAGGAUGAUAUUAAAGCAGCAGAACUUUACAGGAAAAGUCGCGGAAUAAUAGCUAAGGAUGGAAUUGUGCACGAAGAGACAGACAAAAGUAGUAUCCUUACUGAAACACUGUUUAAGGCCAGUGUAAAUAGUAGAUUGUUCCUGGAUGCGCUUCUAGAUUGCGCACAAGAUUGUUAUAAUUCAAAAGCUUUCGUAAAAUGCUUGAAAUAUUGCGAAUGCAUGCUUGCACUUCCUGAAAACCUUCACGAUAAAACUACUGAAUAUCUGAACGAUUUCUCGGAAUGUAGAAAAGCAUGUAUCCAAUUAGAGCGUGAAUGCUAUAAAAAUUUGAAAGUAUCAUCUUCUCAGGACAAAAGAUUGCGUAGAAAAUACAACAAAAGUCAAAGUGUUACAUUCGAGAAUGCAUUAAUAGAAAAAAGUGCAUCAGUGAUACCGAUCGUUGAUGGGAAACAACAUACCAUUCUUAAAAGUUGUUCGGAUGCUGUUGAACUACAAUUUGAUGAGAAACGAGGUCGUCAUCUCAUAGCUACCAGAAACAUCAAAGCAGGAUCUGUUCUUAUUGUUGAAACACCAUUUGCAUUCAGUACAAAUAAAGAAGCGCUCGAUAGAAAUUGUUUGCACUGUCAUAUUACUCUUAAAUCGAGUGAAAGUGUUAAAAUUCCUUGCCAUUUUUGUCAAACAGUAUCUUUCUGUUCGGAAAAAUGUCGCAGAGAAGCGUGGCAAAUGUAUCAUCAAUACGAAUGUUUUAUAUUUGAUGCUUUCUAUGGAAAUGAUUUUGAAUCAAUGCAACAUACAUCGCAUUUGUUGCUAGCGUAUAGAAUGAUAAUUUCAGCAUUUUUAUCUUUAAAUACUGAACAAAUUAACAACAAUACGGAAAAAAGCAAAAUUCCUUUUAUGAAUGACAAUUUCCUCCGAGAUUAUGUUACAAUAAAAAAUAACGAAUAUAAAGAUUUAGGCAUAAAUAAAGCUUAUUGUACUUACGAUUACCAUACUAUAUUAAAUUUAGAAACUCAUUGUACGAAGAUAGAAUCUAGUAUAAAUCUUGCUCGUGCUAUUGAAGCUAUAUUUUUAGCGAAGUGCUUUACUUUUGUCUUGAGUAAAAUGGACGUUAUUUGCUUAAAAGAAUCUUUUAUCUACUUGGCAGUAGCAAUGUUGCAUAACUUACAGGCUAUUAAUUGCAAUGCUUAUGAAAUUGUAGAAAAUAUAUAUGAUAAAAAAACGCAUGUUUGGGAACCCAGACAUAUAGGUGGAGCAAUUUAUCCUUCAAUUAGUCUUAUAAACCAUAGUUGUUAUCCGAACGUAGUUCGUCAUUCUUAUCCGUCAGGGACAGUUGUGUUAAGAACAUUACGUUUUAUUGGUAAGGGUACUGAGAUCCUUGAUUGUUAUGGGCCACAUUGGCUUAGCGAGAAAAGGUUAUCAAGGCUUGAAUACUUAUGGAAAAAGUAUCGUUUCUUAUGUGCAUGCGAAGCUUGUACACAAAAUUGGCAAUUUCCGCUACCCGAAACAAUGAAUUACAAAUGCAAGAUGUGCUCAGAAAUUAUCAGUACAAUCACAUUAGACGAAAAACAUACGCAAAACGUAUCGAGUAAACAAUGUUGUAAGUGUAAUAAGAAAACCGAUUUAAAAAAAAUAAAGAAUCAAUUUCGAAAAUCAGUUGAGAAAAGAUUAGAUGCCAUUUCUAAAAUGUAUGAAGGUCAUUAUGAACAGGCUCUCCCUCAAUUGCUUGAGCAUAUACAGUUUAUUGAAAAGUGUUUUACCACACCAAACAUGGAAGCUAUCAAAACGCAACAAUGUAUUAUUCAGUGUUACAAUCAGUUUGGCUGUACUUCUUAAUAACAACAAAUCAACAAAAAAUAUUAAUAUGUGUACAUAUAUAUAUGCAUUAUAUACAUACAUACAUGUACACGCAAUCGUACACACGACUUAGAGUCUGUAUCACAAGUAUUAAAAAAAACAAGAUUUUUUAUAUUAUAUACCUUUUGCAUAGACUACUAUUCAUUUUUCAAUUUUUUCAUGUGAUGCAAAAUGUUACAAAAUAUAAUAAACUGCUCAGCAUUCAUAAUCGUUUACAUUUGCUCUUACAUUUCACAGUUAUAGAAUGAUUGAUGUUUUAAUGUAAAUUAGACAUUCGCAUAACUUUGGUAAGGCUUUCAAAACUGUGGUAUGAGCACCAUUGUUAUAAGUGACAAUAUCUUGAUCAUUUAAUAUCGACAUUUACUAUAAAUGCACAUGUGACUGUAUAUUUUAUUACUUAUGUCUCUAAAAUAAAACUAAAAGAAAAUGUACAUUAAAAUUCUAAAAAUUAUUGUUGUAAUUGUAAACACUACUUGAACGAAAAAUACAAAUUAUAUACAGUGUUUAGACGUACAUGUGAUAUUUUCUGCCAAUUUAUCUAUUAAACCAUCAAAUUGUCUAUAUUGAACUAUAAAUUAAUCACGUGAAUAAUAUAUAAAAUAAGUUACCACAUGUGUGUUUCUCGGAUUUCACUAAUAAUGUGACCAGCUUGUGUUAGUGCCUGUAAUAAAGAGAGAGAAAUGUACAAACAGAUCAACGAUUUAGAUUUAUAUAAAGAACAAAAUUAUUAUUAUUUCUGUAUGCAUACCUUUAGCAUAUCCGCUGCUUCUUUGCGUCUAACAGCAACAUGUUCACUUUCAUUUAAAAGAACAUCUGCGUGAUCUGAUUUAUAUAAAUGUGUUACGAGUUCGCUUUGUAAAUUAUCUUUUACGUAGUUGACUAGGAAAUGCAUGACAGCUUUUGGUACACUAUCUUGUAUAGAUUUUCGUACAAUAUAAAAGUAUGAUUUUAUUAAUCUUUCUGUAAAGAAAAAGUGUAUAUAAAUAGAAACAAUAUAAAACAUUAUUUUCUAGAAAA